AUGGCAUCUUUGGUGUCUUCUCUAGCGAAUCUUGACAUUCUUGCCCCAAAUUCAUCUUCGAUGAACCCUAACCCUAAUUCCCUAAUUUCAUCUAUUUCUUCGAUCACAAUCCAAAACAUUAGUUGUAUGGUUCCCACGAAGCUUAAACGAGACAAUUAUCUCGCAUGGAAGGCGCUCUUUGCUCCAAUUUGUUGUCGUUACAAGCUCACUAGAAUUCUUGACGAUACUGAAGUGUGUCCACCACCAUUUCUUCUUGACAAUUCUGGCCACAGCACCAAAAUCAUACCUUUCACCGUUGGUGUAUCUUCAUCUCGCGAAUUAUGGAUCAAUCUUGAACAACGCUUUGAUGGAGUCUCUGCUGCGCACAUUCACCAACUUCACACUUGCCUUCACUCAAUUCAGAAAGGUGAUCUUUCAAUCUCUGAAUACAUUGAGCAAACCAAAAGUAUUUCGGAUGCUUUAAUGUUUGCCGGCACGCCAAUUUUUUAUCCUGAUCUUAUUGCUGUUUCGCUCAAUGGCCUCUCUGAUGAGUACAAGUCCUUCAUUAACUCUAUAAUGCUGCAAAUUUCCUCCACAACUCUUGAUGAACUUCAUGGUUUAUUGAUCAACAAAGAACUCUUUAUGAGUCGGAAGAAGAAAUUUGUUGUUCCUUCUGUUACAGAACCUUUUCAUGCCUAUGUUGCUCAGUCUCAACGUUCUCAAGCUCCGAUUCUUCCAACGCCUCAAUUUAAUGCCUUUCCUCAAGCAUUUCCUGCUCCAUACUCCAACUAUAAUUCUUUUAAGAAUUAUAGAGGCACCAAUCGUGGUCACAAUCGUGGCAAUAAUCGUGGCAACAAUCGCAUUUUCAACAAUUAUCGUGGGACUUGUAAUUUCUGA